AUGGACAUCUAUAAUGUCACCAGUGUGACUCAGUUCAUCCUCAUUGGGCUCUCUGACCUCCCCAAGGUGCGCUACCCUCUCUUUGUGGCCUUUGCCAUCAUCUACCAGGUCACCUUGGUGGGGAAUGGGGCCAUCCUCUUGGCCAUUGGGACUGAGGCAAAGCUGCACACUCCCAUGUACUUCUUCCUUGCAAACUUGUCCCUCUUAGACAUAUUCUGCCCAACAACAACUGUCCCCAAUAUUCUGCACAACCUCUUGACUAAGAACCACAGCAUUUCCUUUGUUGGGUGUGCUCUGCAGCUGUAUUUCCUGGUUGCACUUGUUGGGACUGAAGUCUUCCUGCUGGCUGUCAUGGCUUAUGACCGGUAUGUAGCCAUCUGCUUCCCCCUUCGCUACUCUGUCAUCAUAACCAAGGCUCACUGUGCUCAGCUGGUCUCUGGGAUCUGGGCAGCUGGAUUCCUCAAUUCCACCAUCCACACAAUAUCCACCUUCAGCCUGUCCUUCUGCAGGUCCAAUCUGGUGAACCAGUAUUACUGUGAUAUCCCACAAAUUGUGGCCCUGUCUUGCUCAUCCACUUAUGCGGCUGAAAUGCUUAUUUUUGUGGUAGGGGGUAUCAGUGCAUUCAUUUCCUUCCUGACCACCUUGAUCUCCUAUGUGUACAUCAUCUCCACCAUCCUGAAGAUCCAGUCUGCAGAAGGGAAGCACAAAGCCUUCUCCACAUGUGCCUCCCACCUCCUGGUGGUCUGUCUGUUCUAUAGCACAGCCAUCUUCACCUACAUCCGGCCCUCCUCCAGCCAACACUCCCCUGCCAGGGACAGACUCAUCUCCAUGCUCUAUGGGGUCAUCACCCCAAUGCUUAACCCUGUCAUCUACAGCCUGAGGAACAUGGAGGUGAAAAAGGUCCUCAGGAGGGCUGUAUAUGGUAGAAUGUGCUCACAGUAA